AUGGAUACAUCAGAAAACGAUGGCUCUGCUAGUAGCGAAAAUGUUGGAAAACUGCAGGAGCUCAUGUCAAAAACAAUCCGCAUAGAGUACAAUACUUUUAGUGGUAACCCACGUGAUUACUCUGUUCCCGAGUUUCAAUGUAGCUUUUGCUACAGGUGGUUUCACCAUCACUGCAUAAACUUCGACAUUGGCCCUUCGUUACCCUUUAUGACGGCCUACCAUUUUAUGUGUAAAAAGUGUAAUAAUGCCAACGAGGAAGUAUUUUCAAAAAAACAGGCCAAUUUUGCCAGCAUGUGUCAAACAGCUCUUGCUAACUUGAUGUGCAUUCACAAUGGGCGGGUAUACUUUUCGGAAGAAAAAGAGCUUAUUCCAUACCUCGAGCAAAAUUGGGAGCUUCUUACUUCACAACCGCGUCGCACAAACGAUUCAUGGCAUACAAAUAUACACAAGACUCUGCGCUUCCGAGCUCUCACUAGUCAGCUGAAGACGAGCGUCAGCAAACGCGGACCCCCUCCAUCCUCCGGUCAAUUGACUGACUCGGUCGGUGGCGAUGGAUCCCCGUUGACAGGUGAUGGGUCAGACGGAGCACCUGGUAAGUCUCGAAAAGGCGUUCAAAGCGGGAGCAGCAGCGCGUCGCUGGCUUCAACAGGUGGUGGUGGAACUGGCGGGAACGUUCGAUCUACUCGUCGUUCCACUGCAGCGGCGGUGGCCUCUAGUUGUGGCAACGGUGGCCUCUACGGUGCUAAUCCUCAUGACGACACCAGGGCCAAAGUGAACGAGUUUGGAAUCCCCAUCGACCACCCGGUGAAUACGGAAAACUAUAGGUACAUCCUAGUGGAACCUGAUCCCCACGCCCAAGGUCGUCAACAAUGGGACGAGUGUGAAAGUACCGCUGGCAAGCCGAUCCCCGGUUACUUCUAUCGUGUCUGUUUGUGCCCAAAGGUUGUUCUCUCCCUUCAUGAUCGAGCGCACCAGAUGAAGCUGCAGGAUUCACAGACGUCGCUGACCGGCGAUAAGGGCUACUGCAUGGCCAGGGCGACGCACAGCGUGCACACCGGGACGUGGUACUACGAGGCGACCAUCACGGACCAGCCGGAGGGCUCCGCCACCCGCAUCGGCUGGUCCCAGCUCAUGGGCAACCUACAAGCGCCAUGUGGAUAUGAUAAGUUCGGUUACUCUUGGCGUUCGCGUCUGGGCACGGUGUUCCAUGAUUCCCGGGGUAAGCACUACGCAGACACAGGUUACUCCAAGGGUGACGUCAUUGGAUGUCUUAUCGAGCUGCCGAAGGCCGCACGAGCGGACAUGAUCCCCUCCAUGACCGCCCUGAACUCCGCCUCCACUGGGUCAAGCAAAGCUGGCGGUGGCUCGAAGGCCGGUGGCAGAGGGGACAGUGCAAAGGCCAAGACCCCAGAAGUGCCGCUGUUCAACUACCUUCCGGAGACCUACAAGGACCGGCCUUUGAUCAAAUUCCGCAAUUUCUACUACUUCGAGGAGAAAGGCGACCCUCAGGCCCUGGAGAAACAACUGCGACCGCUGCCUGCGAGCAAGAUCGUCUUUUAUCGGAAUGGGGAGUGCCUUGGUGCGGCCUUUCAGAACAUAUACGCCGGUGCCUACUUCCCUGCGAUAUCCAUCUACAAAUCCGCCACAGUCUGCGUCAACUUUGGCCCCAAUUUCAAGUACCCUCCAGCGGACUUUGAUAACUGGCAACCGAUGUCGGCGAGACGGGAGAGCGCGGAGGUUGAACAGGCGAUGGCCGACAUGCUGUACUUGAAUGUCAACGAUCGACUCAUCGAGAACCUCAUGAAGGAGUGCCAUCGCAGCUGA